AUGGUCGCAGCGCAUCAAAGCAACAUCGCCACGAAGAGCACGAUUGCCGCGCUCGAGCACGCGUCGGCCGUCGCCGAAAUGCGCCCGCAGCUGCCACCCCGUCGCGGCCGCAGCAAGGCGCACGCUUCCGCGGCCGGCGUUACUGUCGUGGAGCCUAAUGUGGCAGUGCUGCUGGUCGAGGCCGCGCCCGUCGUGCGCGCCAGCAGCGCGGAGCCGGUUCUUGCCAUCGACUCGCCCAUGCAAAAGCCUUUGCGGAAGAAGACGAAGCAGAAGCCUACGAAGAAGAAGCCGAAACAAGGCCGCAUUCUUCAGCUGCAAAUGGAAGCGUUCGAGGAAGAGGAGCUUCAAGGCUUCUUGGUGGCCAACGGCUUGAAACCCGGCGAUGCGCUGCCGUCGGCCUUCCUCGGCAAGUUCCGACAAUUCUUUGAGAAGAAGGGCUUUGCGAUCGACGCCGCGGCGUACAUGGAUCACAUCUCGAUCAGCCUCUUCUCGAACAAUCUCGCCGCGGACCUCAAGAAGUACUGCCGUCCUCCGGGCACGUUUCACGUGACGACGAUGGAGCACAAGUAUGUCGAUCCUAUCAGCGGUGAGCGCAUGUGCGUCCACGCCAAGCGCAAUGGCAAGUCGCUCGCAUUCCGGUUUUACGAUCCAGAGGCGCGCAACAAGUGGCGCCCUCUCACGAAAAACACCUUUAAGGAUGGCACGCAAUUGCGCUGGAUUCGUCGCGUCCUUUAUGUACGCAAUCGCACAACGGACGACGAGUAG